CAAGCCCCAGGACUGGCAUUGUCAUCACCCCUUCAGUGGACAGCAACUCAUAGUGAGGUACUCCCAGGACUGGGAUAUAGGGUGUGUGUGUUGGACCUAAGCAUUAACUGGCAUAUUUUCCACACUAAGGAAUGACUUCUAGAAAGUAACAGUAUCUAAGGAGGAAGCCCCAGGGAAGAGGAAGAGGAAAGAAAAGGAGCCAGAGAUGGCGGCUGAGACUCAGGGACAGUUGACAUUCAGGGACGUGGCUGUGGAUUUCACGCGGGAGGAGUGGCGGUGCCUGACCCUGGCUCAGCGGGCUCUGUACAGGGAAGUCAUGCUGGACAACUACAGGAACCUGGUCUCUGUGGGAAUCUCCCCUCCCAGCGUGAGAGGCAUUCUCCUGUUGAAGCCGGGGAAAGAGCCCUGGGUGGCACAGAGGGACGUGGAAACACCAGCAGAGCUGAUUGGUCUGGAAGGCGCCACAUGCGUGAGCACAGAUAACUCUCCUGGAUGUCCACCAAAAGCGCGGAGUGAUAAUGGAGAAAUACCCCGAAAUCACCCCUCACCCCUGGCGCGUCCCCUGGGGACCCACUCCAAGGAGAAGCCUCACAGCUGUGCUAAGUGCGGGAAGGCUUUCUCCACACAGUCCAGUCUGGUGGUUCACAAGCGAAUCCAUAGUGGCGAGAAGCCCUACCAGUGUGCACAGUGCGGGAAGGCGUACAGCCAGAUGUCCAGCCUCCGCAUUCACCUCAGGACGCACACUAAGGACACGCGGUACCAGUGUGGUGAGUGUGGCAAGGACUUUCCUACGCUCCGUAUUCUCACCACACAUCAGGCUGUGCACCCUGGAACAAAGCUGUACCGCUGUGCUGAGUGUGGAAAGAGAUUCAGCCACGCCUGUGCCCUCGCCAUGCACCAAAAAACGCACACUGGAGAGAGACCCUUAGUGUGUGGCGUGUGCAGCCAAGCCUUCAGCUGGCACACCAGCUUCUUAAAACACCAGGUCUUGCACACUGGCUGCAAGCCAUACAUCUGCGCCGAUUGUGGGAAGUUCUUUAACCAUAACUCCGGCCUUGCCACCCACCGCAGGUUGCACACUGGCGAGAGGCCGCACCGCUGUGCUCAUUGUGGGAAGGGGUUCAUACAGAAAAGUUGCCUUGUGCGACACACCAGGACACACACUGGAGAGAGGCCAUACAGCUGCGCCCAGUGUGGGAAGGCAUUCACAGAGAAACGUACCCUCACAGACCACCAGAGGACCCACACUGGGGAAAAGCCGUUUGCGUGUGGCGUGUGUGGCAAGGCCUUCAACACGCGUUCCGGCCGAAGGGCACACCAGAUUGUGCACACUGGCCAGAAGGCAUACAGGUGCGAUGAGUGUGGAAAAGCGUUCACUAAUGCCUGCAGCUUUGCAUCGCAUCGCAGGUCAUCCACCAGGGAGGGGCCGUACGUGUGUGGUACCUGUGGCAAGGCCUUCAGCAUGCGUGCCUGCCUAAUGGAACACAAAACUGUGCACACUGGCCACAAGGCAUACAAUUGUGACGAGUGUGGAAAAGCAUACACUUGUGCCUAUAGCCUCAGAGUGCAUCUCAGAAAACAUACCGGGGAGAGGCCGUACCUGUGUGACACAUGUGGCAAGGCGUUCAGCAGUCGCAAGAGCCUCACCAAACACCAGGACGUGCACACUGACCACAAGCCUCACAGGUGUACAGAGUGUGGGAAGAGUUUCAGACAGGUCUCCCACCUUGCUGUGCACAGCAGGACACACGCUAGGCCGAAGCCAUAG